AUGGAAGUUGAGGUUGAUGAAACUACUGCCCAGAAGACUGCUCUGACUGAUGUAUUGUCGAGCAAAACUGCAGAGGAGCCUGCACCUGCUGAGGAGGCACCCGCGCCUACCAAGAAGCCAAAGAACAAGAAGAAAAACAAGGGGAAGAGUAACGCGACCGCCAACAGCUCACCUCUGGAAGAACUUCAGAAUCUUCUUGGACAAAGGAAGCUUCUGGCCAUGCAAGCCAGCGGCAAACACAGCAUCGAGACUGAGCUAAAGGAGCCGGAUAAGAAGAACAUUGAGACUGAGGAGGAGAUGAGGAAGCGAUUGAGUCAGGGUGUCAAGAAGAACCUGGACAAUAUCUCUGGCAUGCAACUCGUCGGAACUAUCGACAACCCUCAUGAGACAUGGGACAAGACUGCUCCGAUGGAAGACGACGAGAUUGACGAGUUGAUCCGCGACAUUCGAGAGAUCAAACUCCUCCUCUUCUGCCGUCUCGUCCUUCUACAAGCAUCUCUCCUCCCCGCCGCCCUCCGAGCGACAACUGUCCAAGAAUUCCUCGACGACGCUUCCGUCACAGAAGCUGAACUACGAGGUCUCUGCCUCAAGGUCUCCGAGCCAACUCUGCAAGACAUCCGCGAUGCAUGUGCCGAUUUCGCCCGUGGCGACAAAGCAGACGAUACACUCCCCGUCGUCGACGACGACGACGACGACGACGAUGAGACUAUGGAGCAGCUUUUGCAAGGUGAUAAGCGAUAUCAUCAUCUUCACACCGAUGAUUGGUUCAAAGAACGAGUGAUCAAAGAAGUUGAACGUCGUCGCUUCUUCAAGAAAAAAGCGAAGAAGUCGAAGCGUCAGAGGAAGACAAAGGUUACGAUCUGCGGGAAGAGCAUCUGGAACCAUGCUAGUGAGAAUGCAAUGUCUCGCGAUGGAUGGCUCCAUUUCAGUGUCAUGGCCAAGGACUGCGAUCUGAAACAUGCUAUCCAACUUUGCAGAAACUGGUCCGAGUUCUCUGAACUCAAUCUGCUCACGCUGUGGCAGUACUUCCCCGCGUCGAACUGGACGUCCUGGGGCCAAGAUCGCUUCAUGCAGCAGCUCCAACAACUAGGGUUCUUCCCCUACUUCACAGACUUUGACGCAGAUAAAUAUAGUCACCACCAUCAAAUUGGCGGAAGAAGCCAAGGUCGUCGACAGCACGAUAUCGUCGAGGCAAGGAACAUUCUCGUUGGAAACAUGAAGCGGAAUGAUCCUGUGACCCGACGGUUUCUGCAGUAUCUUCUCAUGCAGCGGGGAGAGGUUCUCGUCAUGGUCCGGGAUGGCAAGACGGGUCGUGUUAUCACUGCGCCGAAUGAUGAGCAUCUCUGGACGUAUCGAAAGAAACAAGGCCUUGGAAGGGCGUCCAAGAAUGAUUGGUUUAACAUUCUAGACGUUGGACCUGACUUUAUGAAGUUGACGGAUAUUCUGAGAGAGUGGAGGUUUGGGUUUGACGAUUACUAUGAUGUGUUUAUCUGGGAUUUUGUGCCUGGCGAGCCACACAUGGACCUCUAUAACAUUGUCGUCAUGGCAAGUCCCCUCCCAAACCCCAAGACAAAACUGACCGGUGAUAAGAACUCCGUAAUGCCUGGCGUAUGA